UGUGUGCGCGCGCGGGCGCGCUCCUCGGGUGUGGAGCUCUUUGGCGAGUAUCACUUCCUUCACCAGGGGAUUUGCUGGCAGGGCAACCUGCUCCAGAUGAUGAAGUCUCAAGAGGGAGAGCUAGUGAUGGAAAUCUCAAAGCUGCAGGCCAUGGUGUUGGAGCUCAGGUCUGGUUUCUCUCGUGCUCUUCUGGAGUUAAAUCAGAUUCAGCUUGGAGACACAGAGCUUCAGAACCAGCUGGAAGAGACGAGACACUGUUGUAACAAACGCACACUACACCUGGAAACACUUGUUCUUACACUUAAGGAGGAACUGGAGGAGAUUCGUUGUCAGAUCCGUCAGUUGUGUGAUGAGCAGGCGAAUUCGGAGCAGACGAACAGUAACACAGGAGUGCAGAAUGAUAGUGCCCCAGGCUGUAGUGGCAUAAAGAAUGUUAGCAGCAUCACUAAUGGAAUGAAAAAUGCUAAUAAGGUGACUGUAGAGCCGCCCCAUUGCACAGCAACUGGAGCUCUUCUACUGAACUGCUACCUGCAGGGUUUGUGGGUGGGGCAUAAUGCAGGUGAGGUUUGUGCUUAUGUGAGAGGUGAAGGGGCAUCAAGCUGCACACAAGCAGGCAGAUGUCAACGUGUCAGAUUCUCGCUGUUAAAGUCCGAGUGGGAUUAUUUCUCCAAACUCAACCUUCUUCAGGAGAAAUACAGAACCCCAUCACCCAGUCACACUGAGGCACAUAAGGUAUUUGUCAGACAUCUGGAUGAGAUGCUGCAGCGCCACCUGCUGUUCAGAAACAGUCUGCAGGAGAAGCUGAGCGGUGAUGAACAAAACAAACUUCUGGGAGACGCUUUCCUCAAACUCACCACACAGGACAAUUCAGCAUUCUGUGAUGCGUAUCUCGGAUACACAGCAGCGCUGGCGACUAUCCUAACUACAGAGUUCGGCAGGGAUCCAACCGACAAACUGCACAACACACAGGAGGAAGGAGAGAAGUUCAGACUGCUAUCACUGCUGUUAGCACCGGUGACACGUCUACACACCUACCUGAACACUGUGCAGGUGCUGCUGAGCUGCUUGAGUUCUGAACACUCAGACUGGCGCUCGCUACACAAAAGCAAUCAGGUGCUUUGCAACCUUUACACACAAUGUCAUAUGACCCUGGAGAGGGCGGGGAGAUGGACCGAUGUGGCAGUGUGUCCAAAUGAAGGGGCGGAGUCAGCAAACGGCCUCAGUAGCAGGUGUUGUGCUCAGAGCCCCGAGUGCGUGCGCUCCGCCUUCACCAAAUACCGCUCCAACGGACAUCAAAGGGAAUCAGCUCAUCACCUCACAGUGCCCCGCCCCUUACUGGCCCCUGCUGGAAUACUGCGGAAUGCCCGUGAACGUCUGUGUGAGCCACUGACCCCUGCUGGCUGGACAGAGAGCUGCAUGUGGGAUUUCCGUGCUGUGGAAUCCCACCCAGUUCUAUCCCGUUGUCCUCAGAGCCUAUUUCACAAUCCCGGCCCUCCAGGAGAACUUUCUGCCCCUAUUCCCACCCUGAAGUCGCCAUCAGGUUUGGCUGAACGUCUGUGCGGUUCCCCUGGUCCAAAUGGUCGAGUGUGUCACUUGGACACUUAUGCUCUGCCUCAGCGCAUCGACGACGCAGACACGGAUGCAGACGUCGGAGAUGCUUCAGUGUUUGAUUACUCAUCCGUGACUACGUGCAGCGCUGAAGACACGCUGGAACUGAGGGGACGGGAUGAAGAUGAUGAGGAUGAAGACGAGGAGGACAGCGAGAUUCCUGUCCUGUUAAAGCCGUCGUACACACACACUCACUCUGGCAUGGGUUUGCAGAGGGAGGGAACUGUGUGUACACGAUGGCAGAUCCCCCGCGCUGCACCUCUGCCUCCUGAAGUGUGUGUGACGGGAUCAGGGACAGGACGACGCACAGCUAAACACCGCCGCAAAAUUCCCACUGGAGCCUUCCGACCAAUUUGGGAUGCGCCCUUUAAACAGGGAAAUGGAGCUCCCACUAAAGAGAACACAGUGUCCUUCAGCUCGACUGAUCAGAUUAUUAAUCCACAGAGACCCAAAGACUCAUCACGGUCUUUGUACAGAAGUGUGUGUGGUGAAGGGAACGGACUGUGGAAUGACAGCGAUGACAGUGAGGGUCCUUGCAGCAACGUCUAACACACAGACUCAGACCUUAAAUCAACUAAUUACAAUCCAGGAGUAAUCUGCAUCAUCAGAAUCUGCUCCUUGAUUGAGGGCCCUUUAAGAACAGAACCAGGAUCACUGCUUACCCAGAAUGCAAUGCUGCCAUCUCACACACUCCUUACCAGUAAAUUAUGAAGCAAGCACUAGUUAUGGUGUUUCCCCUGACACACCUGACCUUCCUUCUCCCUCUGCUCCAGAGCUCCAGAGAGUCCUUUAUUUUUCUUUCUACAGUUCUGCAACUCUUUCACAUGACCCUCAUACCCUGGACAUAUCACGCAAGCCGAAACGUGAGAAAAUAAACAUGUGAGGAGAUUGCAUCACAUUCUGUACAAAAUAA